AUGUCGCCGGAUUUGCUUGCACCUCCUCCACCGUUGCCACCACCGAUACAGGGAUAUGCCUUUAAACCCCCUCCUCGACCAGAUUUUGGCACUUCUGGGAGAACAAUCAAACUGCAGGCCAACUUCUUCGAAAUGGACAUUCCUAAAAUAGAUAUCUACCAUUACGAGUUGGAUAUAAAGCCAGAAAAAUGCCCUAGAAGAGUUAACAGAGAAAUAGUGGAGCAUAUGGUUCAGCACUUUAAAACCCAGAUUUUUGGGGAUCGCAAACCAGUGUUUGAUGGAAGAAAAAACCUUUAUACAGCUAUGCCGCUUCCUAUUGGGAGAGAUAAA